GUCAUGCGUUUAGGGUUUAAAGGGUUUUAUUUCUUCCUCCAUCUCUCCUGAAGAAGGAAUGGCUACACUGUUCAGAUCUGCUACAAAGGCGGGUUUAAGGUUUAUCGCAGUUAGGCCAAAAACCCUAACUUCGAAAGUGGUAACUCCAAGAACCUCAAUGUCUUCUCCCUUCACUCCCAUUACAAGGAGCCCUGGUUGCGCUUCGAGGCUGGUCAUGGCGUUGGGAAGUGUUGAGUCUCUGAUGCCGCUCCACAGCGCCAUUGCUUCUGCCCGUCUCAAAUCCAUCAUUGCCGUUGAUUCCAGCUGCUGGAGUUGGCUCUCUCAAGGACUUGCAUUACCCUUGUGACAAGGACUGUAGGCUUUAUACAACAAAAAGAAUAGGAACUCCUCAGUUACUUUGAGAAGGAAAAAAACUUGUUCUGUUUUCCCAUGGUUUCUGAAAUCUGUAUUGAGAAACUAAAUCUACUUACUUUGAUCAAGAUUUACGUCUUGUUAUGCUAUUUACUGAGUUAUUUUUCAUGUUAAUCAAGGGAUGUAUUUUUUUUUCCUGUUGUUGAUUUUGUCUUAACAUUUUAUGAGACCUAUUGCAUUUGUGUAAUGUUAUUAUGUUAACAGUGGGCAAAUGAAAAACUCUGAAUUGAAAUUUUUCAUGAUGA